AACAUUGACGUUGUUGUAUUUCAUUGAACAGCUGAGCAGAAACAGAUUUGAUUUCGUGUAACCAUUUUUAUCGCACUGACCAAAAAACAGCAACAGAACACGUGACCGCCGCGCUCCAUCCAUGUCUCGGAGCUCGUGUCUUCCGGUCUGACGAUCAUUUCCGGGCUCCGCUCGUACAGUCUGGGUAAAGAUGGCCGCCCGCUGAUCGGGACGCGCGGUUAUAUCAUGCGAACAUGUCCCUCGUCCGGCUCUGCUCCUUCGCCGCCAGCCUCCGCGGCUCGGUGGGGGGGUGUGCGGUCCGUGCGGGGUCGGCGGGUCGCUGCGAGCUCUGCGUCCGGGCGAAGAGUCGCUUUUCAGGAAUCUCUUCGCUUUCUCAAAGAAGAACCUUUUCCACGGUCAUUCCGAAGUCGGAGGACAUGAAGAAGCGUGUUCUGGAACAGUGGCAGCUGCUGGACGUCCUAGAAGCCAGGAUUCAGCAGCUUCAGACCGACGUGGCUUCAGACGUCCAGAAGGUGCAGUUCAUAAAGGUUCCCGCUCACGGAAGGGCCUUCUCCUCUGGAAGGACUCACAAAGGCUCUCCUCAGGAGAAGCCGGACAUUCCCAAAUCUGGAAAGCCGGUUUCCAAAGGAACCAAGUCCAGCCGCUGGAUGGAAAAACUAACUCGGGAGAAGAAGAACAAGCUGAAGAAACAGCAGCACCUCCAGCAGAAGCUGCAGACGAGUGUCAGAGACCAGAACUCGGCAAAGUCUAAAGGAAGUCCGACGGCGUCCGGAACGGCGCACAAAACCGUCUCCUCUAAGGCCAAACAGAACCGUUUGAAACUGUCGGAGGAAAUCCAAACCGCCGUUUCCUCGGCAGCCGCGUCCAAAAAACCAUCGAAGAAGAAACAGAAAGACCCGAAAAACAAGGUUCCUGACAGUGACGGGAAGGGCGGCGGGGAGCACGCCCGGCUCCGGGACGAGCAGCUGGCAGAAGCCGAGGAGCUCGACGGGAAACUCGGCGGCCAAGCCGUCCAGCGGUUGGCCGCAGAGCAGCUGCAGCUCGACGCCGAGGGAGCGGCGAGCGGAGACGUCCAGCUCAGCAUCCGCUCCUACCUGGAGGCCUGCGUCUUCAUGGGGGACCUGGAGCGGGCCCAGCGCUUCCUGCUGAGUCAGCACCGAGUCCGGAGUCGACGGAAGCUCCUGAACACCGGAGUCUACAACAUCAUGAUGAGGGUCUGGGCCAAGAAGGGCUCGCUGAAUCAAAUCGGCCGCGUCUUCAUCCUGCUGGAAGAAGCUGGUCUGAAGCCCAACCUGGGCUCCUACGCCGCGGCUCUGGAGUGCAUGGGCCGGAGUCCCCACUGCCCCCCCAAAGUCAUCUCCAGGUGUCUGAACCAGAUGGAGGAGGACGGGCUGACCCUGGAUGACCUCUUCAGCAGCUGCGUGUUCCGGCGAGACGAGAAGGACAUGCUGCUGAAGGCCGUCUGUGCGGUGGAGCCCGGGUACGAGCCCCGCCCACAGGUGCUAACCAAUGAGAGCUGGUCACCGCUGGUCCAUCCGUUCUACACUCAGAGGCAGCAUCACCGCUACCCGAAGCUGGACCUGCGUCAGGAGGAGCUGCAGGAGCGUUUCCUGCAGCAGCUGAGCGUGGAGCAGGCGUGCACCGUCACCAUCGACUCGGUGGAGGCCACCAAGCCCGUCACGGACAAGAUGAGGAGAAUGAGGGAGCUGCUGGCAGAGCAGCGAGCGCUCUGGGGGAAGCUCCUCCUCCAGGCGCUGAGGGAGAGCAAAAUGAUCCUGGCCAACGCCAACACCAGGGACUACCGGCUCAACCUGUACCCCUACCUGUGUCUGCUGGAGGACGGCGAGUACGUGGACAUCAUGAUACAGAGUGUUGCCAACAUGCCCCCCAGUGGAGAGUCGCUGAAGGUUCUAGCUCGAGACCUGGGGAACAAGGUGUACACCAAAUACUGCGUCCGGCAGAAGAUCCAGAACCAGGUGGUGGAGAAGCUGGGAAGCAUCUACGGCGCGUACACGCAGCUGCUGGCCAAAGACACUCAGGUGUCCCGCCUCCUCCCCAGCGAGUGCUGGACCCGGCUGCAGGCGGAGCAGAGCUCGGGCCCCAGCCUGGAGGGCGACGACACCUGCUGGCCCCACAUCGUCACGCUGGAGCUGGGCACCCACCUGGUGGACAUGAUGGUGAAGAGCCUGAAGAUCCACAGCGACGUCCUGAACCCGUCCCAGGACAGGAAGCUCAUCCCCAUCCUCUACCACAUGUACACCUUCCGCAGCACCCGCCAGGUUGGCUUCAUCAAGCCCCACCCCAUCCUGGUCCAGAUGCAGCAGGACGCCAUGGAGACCAGGCUGACCUUUGACUCCUACGUGAUGCCCAUGCUGUGUCCUCCGGUGCCCUGGACCUCGGUGAAGUUCGGCGCGUACCUGCUAACGCCGACCAAGCUGAUGCGCACGGUGGAGGGCGCCACGCAGCACGAGCAGCGGCUGGAGGAAUCCCGGCAGCUGCAGCCGGUGUUCGACUCCCUGAACCAGCUGGGAAACUGCGCCUGGAGGAUCAACGAGCCGCUGCUGGACAUCAUCAUCUCCAUAUUCAACCACCGCGGAAGUGAUAAGCUGGACAUCCCUCCCCCCAUGUCAGAAGCCCCCAAAAUCCCCCACUUCAACCCUCAGGACCCCGCCUACACGGCGAGCCAGAAGGCGCUCUUGAAGCGCGAGGUGAUCAGCGCCAAGAAGAAGAGCAGCGAGAUGCACAGCCUGCGCAUGGACGCUCUCUACAAGCUCUCCAUCGCUCAGCACAUGCGCAAGCGGACCUUCUGGUUCCCCCACAACAUGGACUUCCGGGGCCGGACCUACCCCUGCCCGCCCUACUUCAACCACCUGGGGAGCGACGUGACGCGGGCCAUGCUGCUGUUCGCAGAGGGAAAGCCUCUGGGUCCCAAAGGCCUGGACUGGCUCAAGAUCCACCUGGUCAACCUGACGGGUCUGAAGAAGAAGAGCUCGCUGCAGGGCCGGCUGCAGUACGCCAACAGCAUCAUGGAGGACGUCCUGGACUCUGCAGACGACCCGCUCCACGGCAGGAAGUGGUGGAUGAACGCCGACGAGCCGUGGCAGGCGCUGGCGUGCUGCAUGGAGAUCGCCAGAGCGGUCCGGUCUCCGGAUCCCGCCCAGUUCCUCUCUCACUUCCCCGUUCACCAGGACGGCUCCUGUAACGGCCUCCAGCACUACGCCGCUCUCGGCAGGGAUGUGAUCGGGGCCAUGUCCGUCAACCUGGUGCCCUGCGACGAGCCGCAGGACGUCUACAGCGGAGUCGCUCAGCAGGUGGAGGAGCUGCGAGCUCGAGACGCCAAAGACGGCCUGAAGAUCGCCCAGGUGCUGGAGGGCUUCAUCAGCCGGAAGGUGGUCAAGCAGACGGUGAUGACCGUGGUGUACGGCGUGACGCGCUACGGGGGCCGCCUCCAGAUCGAGAAGAGGCUGAAGGAGAUAGAAAACUUCCCUAAGGAGCACAUAUGGGACGCUUCGCACUACCUGGUGCGCCUGGUGUUCAGCGGCCUGAAGGAGAUGUUCACAGGAACCAGAGAGAUCCAGGAUUGGCUGACGGAGAGCGCCAGGCUCAUCUCCAAAUGUGGCCACACCGUGGAGUGGGUGACCCCCCUGGGAUUACCCAUCAUUCAGCCCUACCAUCGCACACGCAGCCAAGUGCUGAAGAGUUCCAUCCAACACAUCAACCUGCAGAUCAGCCACGACACCAAACAGAGGCCGGACACGGUGAAACAGAAGAACGCCUUUCCGCCCAACUUCAUCCACUCUCUGGACUCCACCCACAUGAUGCUGACGGCGCUCCACUGCUACAGCGCUGGUCUGACGUUCGUCUCCGUUCACGACUGUUUCUGGACCCACGCCCUCACUGUGGACACCAUGAACAAGGUGUGCCGGGAGCAGUUUGUGGCCCUGCACAGCCAGCCCAUCCUGCAGGAGCUGUCCGACUUCCUGCUGCACAAAUACUGCUCUGGGCUCUCGACUGAAGCCAAAACCAAGAAGUAUCAGGAGUACAGGAGGCUGAUGCUGCUCCUGACCAGCGUGCCUCAGACAGGUGAGUUCGACCUCCAGCAGGUGAAAGAGUCCACGUACUUCUUCAGCUGAGCUGCUCAGGAGCCGCAGCAGAACGGCGAGCAGAACUGACCGGAUCCCGGGUCAUGGCGGGGGCGGGGCUGAAUCCAUGCCAUCUGGAGCUGUUGGAGGCGGAGUCUGUGUGACUGGAUGAAGGUGGAGCGCUCGGUCUUCAGAGAUGAAGCCGUUAACCGAUAAGCUCCUCCCACAACCUCUAUUGGAUCUGACUGUCGGCGCGUUUGUGGUUCUUUGGAGUCGAGACCUCUGGAGCGCUGACCCCGCCCCCAAGCAGGAAGUGGAGGAUCCUCGAGGACGGGCGAGGAAGAGAGGAUCAGAACGUUGGCCUUGGAUUAAGUUUUUUUAAGUCUCCACCUUCAUUUGUGUCGGACCGGCAGAUCCGACUGUUGUUUUAUUCAUCCGCUCGUUUGAUGGUCGGCGCUCAAAGCCUCCGCUCGCCAACCGGGAUCACAUUUUCUGGGCCGCAGAUGUAAAAAUAGCAAACUAUUGCUGGAACCGUUCCUGCAGCUUCAGACGAAAGGCCAAAGUGGGCGUGGCCAAACUGUGACAAUGAGAUGAAUUGAUGUUUGGGGAUCAGAAACGGAGCUUUGAUUCGGUCUCCAUGCCGACGCUCGGAUCCUCUAAUCGUGAGCUUGUUUGAUGACAUUUUGUUGGUUGAACUCUUAAGUUACACUUUUUUAAUAAAAAAUGUUCAAAUUCAAGAUUGUACAUUAAGUCUCAAUGUCAAAUUGUUUUAGUAUACACAUUUUCAGAAACAGAAUAAAUGUAAUUGCUCUUUAGA